CUACAAAGUCGCCGGCAUUCACAUCCGCCGUAUGGGCGACUUCCAGACUGCAGUCGCAAAAGUCUCUCGCCUAGACAUGUCCAAAUUAUCAGCUCUGCUGCUGUUCCUCAUUUCGCUCGGUUCAGGAACUGUUCCCACUUUCGCCCGCUAUAAUGUGGUGAUGGUGAUCUUCGAUGAUCUGAGACCGGCUUUAGGUGUUUAUGGCGAUACUUUGGCACAGACGCCACAUCUGGAUGCCUUUGCCCAAGGAAGCACCAUUUUCACGCGAGCCUACAGUCAGCAAGCGCUGUGCGCUCCCAGCCGCAAUUCUCUAUUAACCGGACGACGACCUGACACCUUGCAUCUGUACGAUUUCUACAGCUACUGGCGAAGCUUUGUGGGUAACUUUACCACGUUGCCGCAGUACUUCCAGGAACAUGGCUACUAUACCUACGCCUGUGGCAAGGUCUUUCAUCCCGGCCUCUCCUCCAACAACAGCGAUGACUAUCCGCUUAGUUGGUCUGCGCCCGUGUUCCGACCCCGCACCGAGCAGUUCAUGAACUCACCCGUCUGUCCCGAUCAUGGAGGAGGUGUGCUCCGCAAGAAUUAUCUUAUAUGCCCAGUGAAAUUGCAAACGCAGCCAUACAAGACGCUGCCAGAUAUUGAAUCCGUCACGGAAGCCUUGAGAUUUAUUGAUUCCCGCAAGCGAAGUCGUCAGCCGUAUUUUCUGGCCUUGGGUUUCCACAAGCCGCACAUUAAUUUCCGCUUUCCCAGGCAGUUCCUGGAACAUUUUCCCCUCGGACAGUUCUACAAUUAUACCAAAGAUGCAGUGAAGCCACCAGAUAUGCCAGAUGUCGCGUGGAAUCCUUACACCGAUGUGCGUUCCCGCGAUGACUUCAAGAACAGAAACAUCUCCUUUCCCUACGGUCCAAUUUCCGAGUUGCAGGCGGCUCAGAUCCGUCAGGCUUACUACGCCUCCGUUGCUUAUGUGGAUGAUCUUUUUGGCAAGCUGAUGUCUCGCCUGGAUCUGGAUCACACUGUGGUUGUUGUGCUGGGUGAUCAUGGCUGGUCCCUGGGCGAGCACGCCGAGUGGGCCAAGUACAGCAACUUUGAGGUGGCAUUACGGGUCCCGCUCAUCAUACGUAGUCCAGAGUUUCCACUGAUGCAACCACAUCGCUUGCAUAGCAUCACUGAGCUCCUGGACGUGUUUCCCACGCUAGUGGAUCUUGCACAUUUGCCUCCACUUCCAGUCUGUAAUAGAAGCAGCUCCGAGGAACAGUUGACUUGUGGGGAAGGCAAGAGUUUGUACCCUCAGCUGCAGGGAGUGGGCUUAGCUGAGGACUACGUCGCCCUGAGCCAAUAUCCACGUCCUGGCAUGCUGCCCACAAAGCAUCCCAAUAGUGAUAAACCCAAGCUGCGUAAUAUCAAAAUCAUGGGCUAUAGUCUGCGCACCGAUUUCUACAGAUACACGCUCUGGGUGCGAUUCCAUGCCCAUAACUUUAGUCGUGACUGGCAUAAUAUCUACGGCGAGGAGUUGUACGAUCAUCGCAUGGACUCCGGCGAGGAGUUCAAUCUGGCGUCGCUGCCGGAGUUCAAUGCUAUACGUCUUCAUUUACGCCAGCAACUGAUUAAGGCCGUUGGCUAAAGGGGUUCUCUUUAGUUAUGUAUUAUUUCUAGACUAAUGCAUUUGCAUAAUACGAAUAGUAAUAAAAACAACAACAACACAAA